GCAAGGGCCGUAGGAUUGACCCUGCUCGCUUUCAAGGAGAAUUUACCGGCCAAAAUCCAUAUAUGCGCCGACAGCACGACAGUGAUGCAUAGUAUGCCGAAAGGCAGCACGCAUUCCGAUGCCCCCGUGGGAGUGGCAGGGCACAUCGAUAGGGCGCUGCGCGGCCAAGGCUUACACGCCACAUGGGGGUAUGUCGCGUCGGAAAAGAAUCCUGCGGACGGCAUCCCACGAGGGGUCAAGGUUUUACCGACGGACAUCGCGAAGGGGCGGGACUUGCGAAGGGGAUGCGGGGGGCGGGUUAAGGGCGCUUUCAGCACCUUCUUUUUGUCAGUUUUAAUACAUGAUUUUAACCCCCUAUAUGGGCAAUGCUUUGCUGUAUGCUGGAACACCUUCUAA